AAUAUUUGCAAAUUUAUUGAAAAAGAAAUACAAAAAUAUCUAUUUUCAAAGUAUUCACACCCCUGAGUCAAUACAUGUUACAGUCACCUAUGGUAGUGGUUACAACUGCUAGUCUUUCUGGGUAAGUCUCUAAGAGCAUCGCACACCUGGAUUGUAGAAUAUUUGCACACUAUUAUUUUUUAAAUUCUUCAAACUCAAGUUUUUUUGCCGUAGAUUUUAGGUCUCCCAUUGUCUGGUGGAAAGCAGACCUGAACCAGGUUUUUGCCUGUGCUUCUCUAAAAAAGAAAAAAAAUCUCCCUAGUCCUUGCCGAUGACAAGCAUAACCAGUAACAUGAUGCAGCCACAACCAUGUUUGAAAAUAUGAAGAGUGGUACUCAGUGAUGUGUUUUGUUGGAUUUGUCCCAAACAACACUUUGUAUUAAGGACAUAAAUGUAAUUUCUUUGCCACAUUUUUUUGCAGUUUUACUUUAGUGCCUUGUUGCAAACAGGAUGCAUGUUUUGGAAAAAACGAUAAUGUUGUUCUCCUAUCACAGCCAUUAAACUCUGUAACUGUUUUAAAGUCACCAUUGGCCUCAUGGGGAAAUCCCUGGGUGUUUUCCUUCCUCUCCGGCAGCUGAGUUAGGAAGGACGCCUGUAUCUUUGUAGUGACUGGGUGUAUUGAUACACCAUCCAAAGUGUAAUUAAUAACUUCACCAUGCUCAAAGAGGUAUUCAAAAUCUACCAAUAGGUGCCCUUCUUUGCGAGGCAUUGGAAAACCUCCCUGGUCUUUGUGGUUGAAUCUGUUUGAAAUUCACUGCUCGACUGCGGGACCUUACAAUUAUCUGUAUGUGUGUGGUACAGAGAUGAGGUAGUCAUUCAAAAAUCAUGUUUAACACUAUUAUUGCACACAGAGUGAGUCCAUGCAACUUAUUAUGGGACUUGUUGAGCACAUUUUUACUCCUGAACUUAUUCAGUCUCGCCAUAACAACGGGGUUGAAUACUUAUUGACUCAAGACAUUUCAGAUUUUCAUUUUCUAUUAAUUUGUAAACAUUUCUAAAAACAUAAUUCCACUUUGACAUGAUUGGGUAUUGUGUGUAGGCCAGUGACACAAAAUCUAAAUUUAAUCCAUUUGAAAUUCAUGUGGAAAAGUCAAGGGAUGUGAAUUCUUUCUGAAGGCAUUGUACAUAGAAACUGGGGCAUUUUGUAUUGGGGCUAAAUAUCUUGGGGACCUGGGGCAGAUUCCGGAUCUGGCCUGCUUUCCAGAUCCCAGCUAUAGGAUAACGAAAACAGGAAAUAAUAGAACAACCACAUCUAGAGCGCAGGUGUCCUGACCCUGAUAGGAUUCAGAUGUCUACCCACCUUCUUUAGUGAGAUUCUGCCUCACUCUUUCUUAUGAUAAUCUGACAUGCUACACCGAGAUGGUUUCGAGAUGGUUUCGUGAACAGGUCCUGCAACAGCUGUCCAGAAAUUAAAUAAUCUCCUUUCUCCACAGUCUCCACAGUUCUCUGGGAGGCGGGAAUAUUAAACAACCAGAGACAGAGACCCUCACCCUCUAAGUCUCAGAUUCAGGAUGUUGAUUACACAGUAUAAAAGGGCAUGGCCAAGCAUACUGUCAACUUCCAGCCAUCUAGAGUAGACCAUAUGGCCCCCUGCCCUCUCCGGUACACACUACAGAUUCAAGGGUCAAAAUCGAAUAUCCUUGAUCACAUGGGAGGCGUUGCUCUCUUAAUCCACAGGGAGACGGUUCAGAAUGCUGCGCCAUCCAUGAGUUUCCAGAAGAUAUAUUUACCAAGGAGGAGCUGAAAAGAGGAGCAGUGCUGUUACAUGUGCUGUGUGCUAUCUACAUGUUCUACGCUCUUGCUAUUGUCUGCGAUGACUACUUUGUUCCGUCCCUGGAGAAGAUAUCAGAGAACCUGCAGCUCAGUGAGGAUGUGGCAGGGGCAACCUUCAUGGCUGCAGGAAGCUCAGCCCCAGAGCUCUUCACCUCUCUCAUUGGUGUGUUUAUCACUAAAGGAGACGUGGGGGUUGGCACCAUCGUGGGCUCAGCGGUCUUCAACAUCCUGGUCAUCAUUGGUGUGUGUGGCAUCUUUGCGGGCCAGACGGUGGUUCUAACGUGGUGGUCUCUGUUCAGGGACUCCACCUACUACAUCUUCUCUGUGCUGGCUCUCAUCCUGGUUAUCUUUGAUGCAAAAGUUGUCUGGUGGGAGGCCGUGCUUCUAAUGACUAUGUAUGGAGUUUACAUUGUUAUCAUGAAGUUCAACUCCCAGCUCUUGGGGUGUGUGACUCGUUGUUUUGGUGGUCCGGGUCAGUGUUGCCUGGGUAGUGAGGGACACCGAGAUGAGGAGAUGGCAGAGGACGGACCCGCCUGCAACACCAACAUGGUGCUGCUCAGGAAAGGCCAACUCCAGGGUCAGGAGUUUCCUCCGGUGAUGAUGGUGGACGAACUCCUCAUCCUCAACCCCCACCAGUUGUCCUUUUCCGAGGCUGGCCUGCGCAUCAUGAUUACCCCCCACUUCUCCCCUCGCACCAGGCUCAGAAUGGCAGGCCGCAUGCUCAUCAGUGAGAGACAGAGGUUGAUCAGGAGUCCCAACAGCCAGCUGGAUGGAGAGACCAGCGCAGGGGCAGGGGGCACCCCUCUGAAGGGUUCUGGAGGUCUGGAGAAUGGGGGCAGUGUGGAGAGACAGACCCCCGAGGGGGCAGGGCUAGGGGACGCAGGGGAGAAGCCAGGGGCGGAGGGUUGUCAGGCUGAGGAAGAGGAGGAUGAUGAUGGGCCGUUCAGGCCUCUGCACUGGCCAGAUGGUUGCUGUGCGCGGGUCAAGUGGCUGAUCUCGUGGCCCCUGGGCCUGCUGCUGUACUGCACUGUGCCUAACUGUGUGUUCCCCCGCUGGCACCGCUGGUUCAUGGUCACCUUCGUGGCCUCCACCCUGUGGAUAGCCAUCUUCUCCUACCUCAUGGUGUGGAUGGUCACCAUCGUCAGCUACACACUAGACAUCCCAGACUACAUCAUGGGUAUCACCUUCCUGGCAGCGGGCACCAGCGUGCCAGACUGCAUGGCCAGCCUCAUUGUAGCUCGGCAAGGUAUGGGGGACAUGGCUGUGUCUAACUCCAUUGGCAGUAAUAUCUUUGACAUCCUGUUGGGGCUGGGUUUCCCCUGGGCUCUGCGCACUCUGGUGGUGGACAACGGAUCGUCGGUCUACAUUAACAACAAGGGCCUGGUGUAUUCUGUUGUCCUGCUGCUGGCCUCUGUCUUCCUCACAGUGAUGAGUGUUCAUCUGAACCACUGGAAGCUGGACCGCCGGCUGGGCCUGGGGCUGAUAUUCCUCUAUGCCAUCUUCCUGCUCUGCUCCAUCUUCUUUGGGCAGAUGUGAGGCUGACACUGGGGGUCAAAGGUCAACCCUGAUUCGCUUUCCUGUAAGCUGCCACGUCCAGGAGUCCUCUGUCUCCCAGAGGUCCUCGCCCCUAAAACGAAACAACAGUCUCGGCUACAUUGUGCUAAAAGUUAACGUGAUGUAGCACAGACAGAAUAUGCUCGGAUGACGUUAUACACACACACACACACACACAAUACCCCCACACACACACACACACACACACACACAAUACCCACACACUCACUGUAGUGCAGUGUUUUAAUACACAGCAACACAUAAUGUUCAGCUGUCACCAUGGAGAAAUAAUACAAUAGACUAGUACUCUUGUUUCUUUAACCUUAAGUUUGGAACAGCCGUGUUUGUUUUGAAUGUACGACCUAGCUGAUGUUACCUUGUUGUGUGGGGAUUCAGUAUGUACAUUUGUGCUAAUGUGUAGCAGUGCUGGGGUACAGUGGAGCAUAGAACUGUCAGUCAGGAACUAGGGACAUAGCAAUAGGACAAAUGGGCAGCAUAGACUUAUGAUGGAGAAAAUGUUAAUAAGAGAUGCAGAUUAUUGUGACCUAUAACUGACCGAGUUCCUCCAAAAAGAGGAUUUAUGAAUGAUUUUUUUGUUUGUUGCCUCACUGCUUUUAAACAAGUAUUGUUACAAACUAAGUAAAUAAUAGGCUACCGUGAAAUCUAUGAUUUGUAGCGUUUUUAGAAGUGUUAUUACUAUUGGCGACUAUUGGCGACAUGUUUCUAUGAGUGUCAUAACCUGAUUAAAUGCGUACGGGUCUGUUGUAAUAGUUCACUAAAGUAUGAUCAAUGUUUGUAAAAAAAGAAAAUCUUUCUGUACAUUUUUUUUUUCAGUAUUACAAUUAUUAAGUCAACAAGACCAUACUUUUUACUGUUUCUAAAUGUUUACUAAAUAUUUUACAUAGUUUUUCAAAAAAUGAAUGUCAGACAGAGACUAGAUUUGUGAUGUUUUUGAUAUUUGUAAGAACUAGAUAAUAUUCUUCCUAUGAUAUUUGUGAGAAUACCAUAUGUUGUAACUGAAAGACGAUGUAUAUUUUUUGUCACUUUGGUAAAGUGAUGGUAAAGAAGACUGACGCGUCAGAUCAGCACACCUAGAUCUAAGAGGGUUAUAUAUAGGGUUAUAUUGAAUGUCCCGUUCUAUUCCACUAUUAGGUUAUUUAACCCAGAUUAGAUCCUUUUUCAGCACCUGACCCCCUCGAUUUAGUAUCGUUAUUUAUUAUUUCCGAGAUUUUGCAUAUUUCGUUUAUCAAGUGCUUGUGAUGACAAUAAGCAUUGGUUUGCUCCUCAAAAUAGUAUAUUCUCAAAACCUGUUAUUUAUUUUGAAAAUGGUUUCUUUCAUUACCACAAUGGUAACUUUAUUAAAUAUAAUUUAGAUUUCAGAUCAGAUCAAAUGACUCAAACAUUUUUGCCAAAUGAAAGGACUGCAGAAAAUACUCUGUGUGUCAUAGAACUAUUAGUUCUGCUGUUUGCUCUCAGCCACUCAUAAGCAUUGUUAACAUUUUAAAAGAGGCUCACACAGAACCAGUCAAGUUUGGACACACCUACUCUUUAUUUUUGCUAUUGUCUACAUUGUAGAAUAGCAGCGAAGACAUCGAAACUAUGAAAUAACACAUAUGGAAUCGUGUAGUAACCAAAAAAGUGGUAAACAAAUAAAAAUAUAUUUAUAUUUGAGAUUCUUCAAAGUUGCCACCCUUUGCCUUGAUGACAGCUUUGCACACUCUUGGCAUUCUCUCAGCCAGCUUCAUGAGGUAGUCACUUGGAAUGCAUUUCAAUUAACAGAUGUGCCUUGUUUAAAGUUUAUUUGUGGAAUUUAUUUCCUUCGUAAUGCGUUUGAGCUAAUCAGUUUUGAUGUGACAAGGUAGGGGUGGUAUACAGAAGAUAACCUUAUUUGGUAAAAGGCCAAGUCCAUAUUAUGGCAAGAACAGCUCAAAUAAGCAAGGAGAAACGACAGUCCAUCAUUACUUUAAGACAUGAAGGUCAGUCAAUUCUGAAAAUGUUAAGACAUCUCAACAUCAACUGUUCAGAGGCGACUGCGUGAAUCAGGCCUUCAUGUUCGAAUUGCUGCAAAGAAACCACAACUAAAGGACACCAAUAAGAAGAAGAGACUUGCUUGGGCCAAGAAACACAAGCAAUGAACAUUAGACUGGUGAAAAUCUGUCCUUUGGUCUGAUGAGUCCAAACUUGAGAUUUUACAUGACCAAUAAGUGUUAUUUCAUAGUUUUGAUGUCUUCACUAUAAUUAUACAAUGUAGAAAAUAGUAAAACUAAAGAAAAACCCUUGAAUGAGUAGGUGUGUCAAAACUAUUGACUGGUACUGUACAGUGGGGCAAAAAAAGUAUUUAUAAAUACUUUUUUUGCCCCAGUGCAUGUUGAAGAGGAGUGGGCAGACUGUUGAGUGUUGUACACACUGGUUGCUGGAGCUGCUAAUUAUCCCAGGUGUAGUUACCUGUCGUAUUUUCAGUGUAGGCCUUUAAUAAGUACCUACUUCGAUAGGACGACCACCAAGGAGUCCCCACUACCAACCAACCUCUUAUAAAUCCUGACUCUGUUAACAGAGCAGGUCAGAGCACCAAAUAGAAGCCUGAUUUAGUUCUGUCAUGAAGCAGCUGUGUUUGAAGUGUGUUCUUCCUCAAUGUUUUGUUCUGUUAGGUUGGAACCACCAGCUAUUCUAGCACUGAGAUUAGUUUCUUUACAGAUGACCUCUGAUCAUUGAGAACUUUUGUAUGUUGUUGAAUGCAAUAAAUACAAUUUGUGCAAUAACAA